GGAUGAGCCUGACCCUUAUCUUGCCAGCCAGCUGCAAAGGCAUUAUCCGGGGAACACAGCUAUGCACACACUCUUGCACUGGCUGGACUGCCUGGAGACCUUUCUCUUGUGUUGCAAAGCCAGCAGGAAAGCAAGGCUUGAACUACUCUGAGAUCUUACAUGUCCGAUGGAGAACACCAAAUUUACCCAACUUUAGAAACUCAUCCUCAGAACAAAACAACAAAAGACCUUGGCUGUGGUGCCAGUCCUAGAGUGCAUCGUGUCUGGUUUCCACCUCAUCCAAUCUCACUAGGGAAGUGUUUGCAGGUGAAAAUGAACAGUGGAAUUCUCUUGUCCCUCCUUGGCUUCCUCCCACUCGUGACACCCAUAUGCCCUGUGCCAUGCAAGUGCACCACCAACAUUACUGACUGCUCAUUGAAAAACCUGACUCUAGAAAAUCUGCCCACUGCUUUCCGUCCUUCGGCUGAAAUCAUCCACCUUGGUUCCAACAGGCUCACAUCUAUCCCCAAUGGGCUCUUUGACAACCUGAGGAGCCUCCAGGUAGUCUACCUGCAGGGCAACCCUUGGGAAUGCACCUGUGACAUCCUCUACUUGCGCUCCUGGCUCCAGUGGCAGCAGAACCGGAGCCUGUACAGGGAUGUGAGAUGCAGCUCCCCGGAGCACCUGCAGGGCCGGAUUAUUGCCUACCUGACAGAAGAUGAGAUCAUCUCCACGUGCCAGCACUGGUACUGCAGCCUGGCUCUCCUGUCUCAGAUCUCUCUCUUCAUCCUCCUUUUCCUCCAGGCUAUCUUGGUUAUCUUCAUCAUUGUCUACCUGCAGAAAUUUCGGAGAAUGACCGCUGAAGCCCGAAGCACCACCCGAGAGCUAGGCCAUCAGGUAGACCCUUGGGUGUCUUCUUCAAUAAACCCCUCCAACAAUGAUUAACAUCACAAGACAGAAGAUCCUCCUCCCUUUGGGGGACACUGUGCCAAAGUCCUGUAAUUUGUGAUACCCAGAGGGGAAAAUUCAGUACAGCAUCUAAUCCUGAUGGCAGUUUGAAGCAGGACUUGAGUUGAUCAGACACUUGCUGUGUUCCAAAAGAAUCAAUCUUGGGUUUUUUUCAGUGCUUUAUAUUCUUUAGUGUGAUUUUUACUGCUUGUCUGAGCUGAAAGUGGUUUGGCAGACUAAGGAAGUCAUAAACUACAGCAACCAGAACUGACUCAAACAGCUCAUAGGGGCUUGAGUGCUCAAUCCCUCCCCUCCUACAUUAUUCCAUCCCUCCUACAGUAACCCAGGAUGCUUCUGGUUGUGCUGGGUCAGGUGAGGACAGAGGUGGGAAGCGAACUGUUUGAAUAGUGAGCUAGGACAAUGGAGAAAUACAGUUUCCUUCUGCUACCACAGACAGCAUUAAGAGCUUUGGACUAUGGAUUUAGUCUUCUGCCUUGGUUUCCCAAGUAAAAGGGAAAGGAAAUAUGUUUUUGCUUGAUGCAUCUUUUCCAACGUUCUUCUGGGGGAGAGAGGGCAUGUCUAGAAGCCCACUCAUUUUACCUUAUCUGCAUUCCUUUUAAUUUACUUUAGUUUUAAUACUGACUUAAGCAAGUGAGAUUUGUGACCUGAAUCUUUAUGAGAAAUUAAUCCUGAAGACAAGAAUUGUUUGACUGUGCCUGUAUGGCACCUGGCAUGAGAGAUCUGGUCUUGAGAGACUCAAACUGCAACCCCCACUGAUGUACCUACUGCUGUUUAUGGUAUUAGUUAUUUUUGAAAUAAAGCAAAAUUGAAAUAAAAUUAUGCAUAAUGA